CGGUGACAUUUGAGAUACACGUGCGUAUUUCACGCUAUACGCGCGCGGCAUCGUCCACAUGAACCCGGGGUGGAUGUGACAUUAUGCGAAGUGCGCCCCCAUAAAAAAAAAUUGAUUGUCGUGAUGUGCAGUUGAUGGAUUCGGCGUGCAUCGGGCCAGUGAAAACUUGUUCGCCAAAACCGUGUCGAUCUGAUUCGGUUUUUCCUGAUAAAGUGAUAUGUUUGUUUUGUCGACAGUGUAACUCGAGAUCAUAUUGUUUUUGAAGUGUUUUCCGAGAUUCUUGCUGAAGAUUCAACAUGGAAACACAUUUACAAGAUCGGGACCGGGUGGGAGUGCAGGAUGCUGUUCUGCUAGAAGACUAUACUAACGAAAAAGUUUUCAGUGAAAAUUUGGAAAAACGAUUUAAAGAAAAUGUGAUAUAUACUUACAUUGGUCCAGUAUUAAUUUCAGUUAACCCUUACAAAGAACUGAAUAUUUACGGAGAUAACGAUAUUAAAGCCUACAGUGGAAAGCACUUUUUCGAAGUGCCUCCCCAUGUGUUUGCGAUUACUGACACUUCAUACAGGGCCCUGAAAGAAGAACAGAGGGAGCAAUGCAUUUUGAUUUCUGGUGAAUCCGGUUCUGGAAAGACUGAAGCUUCCAAAAAGGUACUGCAGUAUAUUGCUGCAGUUACCGAUCAUAAGGGAGAAGUUGAGAAAGUAAAAAAUAAACUACUUGUAUCUAAUCCGGUGUUGGAAGCGUUCGGAAAUGCUACAACAAAUCGCAAUGAUAAUUCUAGCCGAUUUGGAAAAUAUAUGGACAUUCAGUUUAACAGCGAGGGUAACCCAGUAGGAGGUAAAAUUUUAAAUUACCUAUUGGAAAAGUCCAGAGUAAUUAGCCAACUAAAGGGUGAAAGAAAUUUUCAUAUAUUCUACCAAUUAUUAAAAGGCGCAGAUGAUGAUUUAUUGUCACAAUUGAACCUAAGAAGGAACUUAGAUUCUUAUUAUUACCUUUCGGAAGGAGAUGAUUCUAAUGUUGUUACGUUGAAUGAUGAAAAGAAUUUUAAAGAUGUCUGCUCUGCUCUUGAUACUUUGGAGUUUACAGAAGAAGCAAAAAAAGAAAUUUUUUCCAUCCUUGCAGCUAUAUUACAUUUAGGCAAUGUAGGAUUUACUGAAGAAGAAUGUGAGAAAAGAGAGGGAAACAGGGCUAAAAUAUUGAAACCGGAACUUGUUGAAACUGUGGCAAAGCUUUUGAGUUGUGAUCCAAGUCAACUAACUCAAGCGUUAACUCACAAGACUAUUGAAGCCCAGAAGGAAAUUGUAACAAGUCCUUUAAAUAGAGAAUUAUCUAUUUAUGCUAGAGAUGCCCUUGUUAAGGCAAUUUAUGAUAGAUUGUUUACAUGGCUGGUACAACGCAUUAAUAGUUCGCUGGAGCCCGACGGAAUGAGGAAAAAUUAUGUGAUUGGUAUUUUGGAUAUCUAUGGAUUUGAAAUUUUUGAAAGAAACAGUUUUGAACAACUGUGUAUCAAUUUCUGCAACGAAAAGCUUCACCAACUUUUUAUCGACCUAACGUUAAAAUCUGAACAAGAGGAGUACAUGAGGGAAGGCAUUGAAUGGCAACAUAUUGAGUACUUUGAUAACAAAAUUAUUUUGGAUUUGAUUGAAGAAAAACAUAAAGGUAUGAUUGCGUAUAUGGAUGAAGAGUGUUUGAGACCAGGCGACCCGACUGAUAUUUCUUUGCUGGCUAAACUCGAUCAACGUCUUGAUUACCAUAAACACUACAUAAGUCACAAGAAAGCCGAUCCUAAAUUGCAAAAAAUAUUGGGCCGUGAUGAAUUCCGCAUCAUUCAUUAUGCAGGAGAAGUUACUUAUAAUGUAAAAACAUUUUUGGAGAAAAACAAUGACUUGCUGUUCCGUGAUCUACGAGAAGCAAUGGCACAUUCCACAAACAGUAUAUUAAGUACUACAUUCCCUAAAGCUGAUGUAACAAAUAAAAGGAGACCUGAUACAGCGAUUACUAAAUUUAAAAAUUCCGUCAAUGACCUAAUGGUCAUUUUAAGAGACAAGGAGCCCAAUUAUAUCAGAUGUAUCAAACCAAAUGAUAGUAAAAAAUCAGGGGUAUUUGAUGAGGAAUUAGUCAGUCACCAAGUCAAAUAUCUUGGCUUGAUGGAGAAUUUACGUGUAAGAAGAGCAGGAUUUGCAUACAGGCGUGUUUACAGUCAAUUCUUACAAAGAUAUAAGUGCUUAUCUAAAGACACUUGGCCUCAUUACCGUGGCGAUCCAAAAGACGGUGUUCAAGUAUUAGUUUGUGCAUUGGGUUAUGAGAAGGAUGAAUAUCAAAUGGGAAAAACCAAAAUAUUUAUCAGACACCCGAAAACGCUGUUUAACACUGAAGAUGCUUUCCAAGAAAAGAAGAAUGAUUUGGCAGCUAUAAUUCAAGCUAGCUGGAAAGCUAUGGUACAAAGACGAAAUUAUUUGAGAAUGAGGGAAUCAGCAAUUAUAGUACAGAAGUACAUCAGAAAAUUCCUUGCAAUCAGGGCUGCCAAAAGGAGGCGUGAAGCUGUACUAACUCUAAGAAAGUUCAUUAAAGGCUUCAUCACACGUAAUGACGCUCCUAAUGCGGAUAAUGAGGCAUUUGCCCAAAUCACGAGGGCUACCUGGUUGAACAAGUUAUCCAAAAAUCUUCCCGAUUCUGUUUUGUCAAGACCAUGGCCAAAAUGUCCAUAUAUUUGCAAGGAAGCUUCUAAUAUUUUAUACAAAAUGCAUGGUGCGUCAUUGUCCAGAGCAUACCGCACGAAACUGACACCAGAACGUAAACAACAAUUUGAAAUGAAAGUUCUUGCUGAGAAACUAUUUAAAGAUAAAAAGAAGAGCUACCCCGCAUCUAUUCGUGACCCAUUCGUUAAAGACCGCUUGUACGAUCAAUCUGCCGUUCGAAGUCUAAUAAAGACUCUUUCAAAUGGAGACAAAGACUUGUACGUAUGUGAAGUAACUAAAUUCGAUAGACAUGGCUAUAAACCCAGAAAGAGAUACAUUUUAGUAACAAGUAAAAGUUUCUAUGUAUUGGAUGUGACUAAACAGUUGAAAGUAAAACAUCAAUUACCUCUGAAAGAUCUAAAAUUCUCAAUUACUCCAGAAAACGAUAAGAUGCUCCUGGUUGAUAUACCUGAAGAGUUGAUAAAGGCAGAAAAGGGAGAUAUUAUUCUUGAAGUUCCAAACCUAAUUGAGAUUCUUACUAUUAUUUUAUUUUCCACAAAGAAAAAUGAGCAGUUGAUAAUCAACGAUAAGAGUCCGAUACAACACAGUAUGAAAGGAAAAUCGGGAAUUAUCGAUUUUUCAGUUGGAACUCCAGAAAAUAUUCAUAAAGAUAAAAAUGGACAUUUGCGGGUUGUUGCUUCCCCAUAAAAGUCAAGAAGAUCGAUAUAUUUUAAAGUGAUUUAUUGAAUUAUAACAAGUGCCAUUCCUAUAUAUUUAUUUAAAUGCUUCAGUUGUUACUUAAAAUAUUUAUAUUAAAUUACAUUAAAGACAGAAUAUAGUAAACUUAUAAUGAGAAUGGUUAUAGGUUUACCAUAUGCAAGAUUCUUUAUAAAAAAAAAUAA